AUGUCUGACCCAAGGAAAGUUCCUCACGAUACAGCUGGCCUAGACCGCUUGAGCCGAACGGCCUACCAACUCGGCCUCGGGUAUCUGUGGAAGGAUUUCGAAUCCAAACUCCCGGAUCUUUUCGUCGACGAUACAACCCAGAGCAGGGUCGGUGUGGCUACAGCACAUAAAGAUGAGAUCCAUUGGGUAUCAACUCCAGAAGAAUUAUUCGCUACUCUGGGGAACGGAGUCCCGACGUUAUUGAUCCUCAAUCGUUAUAACUCAUGGAGCAGGAUAGAUAUCACUCUCGAAGUCUUCGGCGCGAUAUGUAACCUUGCUGGAAUUACGCCCUUCUUUUUACACUUCGUAGUUGGGAUGGGUCUUAAGUUCUCGUCAAAGGAUGAAGACUUUAUGUCAUGCUAUAGCACAUUUAUAUCGGAGAAGAAGCGUUUGGUUUCCAGCCUGAAUGGGACAGGAACUCACGGUGAUUCGCUUUGGGGUGAGCCUUUCUCGCUACUAUAUCUUGAUGUGAUGACCCUCUGA